AACAUUGUAUUACUGUACUGUGUUGCUCUAAACUGCAUUCAAAAUCCUGUGACCCUCCACCUUCAUGUCCUUUUCUGAAUGUGUUCCGCCGUGGAUCAGUAGCGCACUCAAACGCGUCUUAUUAUUGACAGCACAAUGGUGCGAGCUGCUUCCGCACCGCAUACGUACUAGUAUGCGUGAGACAGGCGUCACACCGCACGCUGCAGCAGAGCAGAAGCAGUGCGUAUUUUUUUUCGGCGUGCAUGUUAAUGAUUGAGUGCUUUUACACCGGAUGCUGCAGCAGAGCAGGAGCAGUGCGUAUUUUUUUCGGCGUGCAUGUUAACGAAUGAGUGCCUUUACACUGGACGCUACAGCAGCGCGUGUGAGCUGCGCGAUCAGAAGCAGCCGCGUGAGAAGGAGUGAAGCGUGACUUCCGGAGUCUUUUGGAUUAAAGGGCCAGUAAAAGACUUAAAUGAAGAUGAGUUGACAUAAAAGAGGUAUAAAUUGCACAGAAAACGCAUGCUUGUAGAGUAGUAUGUUUUACAUUUAAUAUACACUAAUCAUGAAUGCGCAUAGUGUUGUUAUUUUUGGCUUAGAGGUAGGCCUACAGUAAUAAAAUUGAUAGUUUGCUUAAAGAGAAGAAUGCACCUGUCAAAACUGUUUUCUAUUAUAGUGCUGCAUAUGGGUAUAGGCUUCACAGCAAUAUCCAAUCACAGCAAAGUAUGCUGUGAUAAGCAGAAACACCUCACAACCUAACCUAGGUAGACUGUAGCAACUUUGGCAACAAGAUGGACGACACCCGACUCAUAACUGAGGUGGAAAAGCACAACGUUCUGUAUGACCCUCAACAUUACCUGUAUAAGGAUGUCGUGGCAAAGGAGAAGGCAUGGGAUGCUGUGGCUUCGGCUGUUCGUGCUGAUGUGAGUGACUGCAGGAAAAGGUGGAAGAUUCUCCGUGAUGCAUUUGGUCGAAACCGGAAGCAAAAAAAAAUGCCCAGUGGUUCUGCUGGUGGAACGAUUAAGGAAUGGAGAUACGAGAAAGUUAUGUCUUUCCUGCUGCCACACAUGCAAGCCAGACCUUCCAGAAACACUCUGCAGCCAGAGGAGGAAGUACCGUUGGAUAUGACUGUGACUGAGGAGGAUUUGGAUCCUGAGCUCUCAGAACUCUCAAGUCCACCGUCCACAUUCAUGACAGUACAAAGCUUUGCAACCCCAACUCCCUCAGCUGGUCAGAGAUCUGCCACCCCCACACCACCCUUAACAACCACAAGAUCUGCCAUGCCCACACCACCAAUUUCAGCUCAGAGAUCUGCAACCCCCACACCACACCCAAGAGUUCAAGCUUUAAAGGAUGAAAGUCAGCAGCCAAGACAGAAGUGGAGGAGAACUGUUGUACCCAAUCCAACAGAGCAGCAACUGUUAGACAUUAUAACACAACCUACCACAUCAUCCCCACCAUACAUUCCAAGACAGGAGGAUGAGAUGUAUUACUUUGCCAUGAGUUUAGUGCCUAAACUAAACAGGCUGCAUCCCAGACUCCAAACCAGAGCUCAAAUUUACAUACUCAACUAUUUGUCAGACUUACAAUUUGAAGAAGAAAAUCUGAGACAGCAACACUCAACAACACCCACAGGCCUGACAAGUCCAAGCUGCCGUUGACCACAAGCAUCAGAGUUUCAACAAUCCCAUGCCACCCCUAUCCUACCAGGAAGGCCAGACUGAGCACCACCACAUGCAUCAUUAUCACCAAACACAUGCCCUAUCAACAGCUACACAAGACCAGGGAGAAUCCACAGAAAAACCUUCCACACCCGUCUAUCACCAGUUCUGAUAAAUAUACUUUUUUUGUAGUUUAUUUUAUUAUUACUUAUUUAUACAUUUGUUUAUUUUUACAGAAUUGUGUAAUUUUUCUUAUUAGCAUCAUAUCUGUUCAUAUUGUGUAGUAUGGUUUGUUUUUGACUUAGUGUUAAUAGUAAAUAAAGUAAUAUCUGCAUGGCUGUUUGGAAAUGCUUGUGAAUAUACUUGUGGUUUGGUAAAAGUCAUGUAAAAUAUCAUUGAUCCGAAUAAACAUUCUUGUUCGAUUAGAAUUGAUUGUCAUGUUUUUUAAAUUCUUUUUUGGGGGGUGUGGGGAAGGUAGAUGGUAGAAGGUACAUUGCAAAGUACAUACAGUACAAAUGUACAGUACAUUCCAUAUUUGUUUACAGUACACUAUCAGUUUGUAAAUAAAUAACU